AACCUGAUGAAGGUGGCUGCGCAGAACUUCGUCCAGAACACGAGCAUCGACAGCGGGCAGAAAAUCAGCGAAGUUCCCGUGCAGAGAGUGGACAAAAGCCUGGAGGAAUUUUACGCCUUGUGUGACCAGCUCGAACUCUGUCUGCGCCUGGCCUACGAGUGCCUUUCCCAGAGCUUCGACAGCGCCAAGCACUCGCCCACCCUGGUGCCCACCGCCACCAAGCCCGACGCGGUCCAGGCCGAGAGUCUGCCCUACACCCAGUACCUCAGCAUGAUCAAGUCCCAGAUCUCCUGCGCCAAGGACAUCCACAACGCGCUCCUGGAGUGCUCCAACAAGAUCACGGGCAAGAUGCCCUCGCAGGGGGCCUUGUGACCCGCAGGGUCCGUCUGGAUUCUGACCCCUGGACAGAAGGGCUGCGGCAAGAGGCAGAGGCCAAAUUCUGCGCCUCGGUCUUCCCUUCCGCUAAAUCUCCGCUCGUUCUUUCGGCCCUAUCCUCUGUGACGCUCAAGUUCUGGAUAGUGUUUGCGGCAGUCACCAAAAGUCUGCCCUCUGGGGGCCGUAAAGCUCUCCCAGGGGCGUCUGGCCAGUUUUCCCCACUUUUAUUUUCCAUGGAGAGAAAACCCCGGUGAGGUCUGCUCCCCCACAACUGCCGGGAAUUUCAGAACUGACUCUUUGAAAGAUGACUUCUCCCAAAGACGCAUCAGGCGGAUAAAUGUCUUUCUCCAACUUAGGACCCAGAAGACGAACCUGGGCAUGAAAUACAAUUUUUUUUUUAGGGACUUUGUUGUUGUCAAAUGUGUAUCUAUAAGAAGCUGACUUCUGGGCUGAGGAGGAAGCUUCUAGAAUCGUAUCUUUUUGUUUUUGUUCACUUUUCUGUUACACUUAUUGAAGACGUUGCAACACAAUAAAAUUUGCCUCAUCCUUUUA